AUGUUCAACAAGUGCCUACAAGGUUGUCGAGCGAAGUUACAGAUACAUCAGCUGCGCUUCAAAACUGUGAAGUUCAAAGCUAAGGUAGCGAAAACUCAUGCUCUUAAAACACCAUCCAUGGUCGCACUAGAUCACUGUGACUUCUACUAUGGUCCUAUGUUUGGCAAACGCUGGCCAAGUAUUCGCCUCGGCCUGCUCACCACCAGUAAAUAUGUGGCUGUUAUGAAUACUUUUUCAGACGACAGCGAUAUUUACGAAGAUCUCUUGGACGAUUCAAACACAAUAGAUCUUUUGGCGAGAAUUCGUGGAAAAACUGCGUCUGAGCGCAUUGAGGAGAAGAAACAACGGGUGGACAGUCUUGCUAGGGAAGAAACAGAGCGUGUGCUCAAAGACAUGAUCUGGACGUUCUCGAAGCCUCCUUCUCAAACAUGUCGAGAUUGA